AUGCUCUGCGGGAUUUCCUCGUUCUGUGCACCUUAUCAUCCGCGGGCAGGCAGCACCGAGAGCCCGAAGCCAGUCCACGGGGCCUCCAUCCCACUACACUCUCUCACACUCAAGGCUUCAUGCAGACUUCACGUCCGCCUUGGCCCCUAUCCCCCUGGCGGGCGUCUGCUAUGGAUAAAAAGGAUCCCAUUGCUAUCCAUAAAUGCCACACCUCUGCUAGAGAGCUUUGCAUUACAAGAAAAUCUUUUAUUAGAAUUUCUUUUAAUAUGCCACUUGGAAUUCAUUAUCAGAGGCUUCUUAAUUUCCAGAUACCCCUUUCAUCCCCCAAAAGUCCGCUUCCUGACGAAGAUAUACCAUCCGAACAUUGACUCAGCUGGAAGAAUCUGCCUUGACAUCCUCAAGUUACCUCCCUCAGGUGGAUGGAGACCAGCACACAACCUCUCCAGUAUCUUGACCUCAAUUCGCCUGCUUAUGGCUUCUCCCAACCCGAAUGAUCCACUGAUGACUGACAUUGCUGAAGAGUAUCAGUUCAAGAAAUCUCAAUAUGAAGCAACUGCCAAAGAAUGGACUGCUAAAUUUGCUAAAAGUGUGGAGGACACAGCCAAGCCAGGUCAGGAGGAGUCCAAGUCAUCAGAAAAACGAAGUAACGAAUCAGACGAGGAAAAUGAAGAAACAAGCAAAAAGGCAAAGAAAUGAGAGAGCAGAAGAUGAUGGAGGAUUUAUGGAUAAUUUCUUUGUUUUUACAUGUCAAGAGGAAAGUGCACCAUGCAUGCUGCCACAUUUUUGAUUCUCUUUUUUAUGUUACAAGUCACUUACUCAUAGUGCUGUCUUGUUAAACUUGGUAUUUUAAUGUGAAUAUUAUGUUUGAUAUAGUAAUAUUCUUUAAUAAAUUAUAUUUUUCUUUCCUU